AUGUCCCCACAUAAAGACAAUAACGAUGCAAUUGAUAAGCACAAGGUAUUUGUUCGCAAUAUAAAUGAAAAUGAUGUAGAAAAGCUAAGUAAAGAAUUCGAAAAAGUGUGCAGCAAACUUUUUUUUUUCAGAAAUAGAACCAAUUCAAAGAAAAGCGCCAUAUGUUAUUUUAAAAGUGAGAAGGAAGCAAAAAAUUUUAUUACAAAAUACAAUGAUGUAAAUACAAAUGGUAAUACAAGUAUAAAAUGUGAAUAUGCAUUUAAAAAAAAAUAUGAGCAAAAAAAAUUAAUAUCUAUUACUUAUAAACGCCAAAAAAUAAAUUAUACUAAUGCGAUCAAAAUUUACACCGAUUAUGAUAUAGAUAGUGUUUUACUGUUAAGUUAUUUGAAAAAUAUAUUUUUAUUGAACAGAAAUUUAAUAUUAAGAUGUUUAGAUGAGAUAAGUAGUCGGCAAGGGGGCAGUAAUAAAAUAGGUGAUGAAAAAGGUGGUAUAAAAAAUGAUGAAAAAAGCGAUGCAAGCCUCAGAAAAAGCUGUAAUGUAAACAGUAAGGAUGAGGAAGCACCCGAUGACGACAUCGAAAUAGUUGUUGAAAAAAAAGACAAGAAAUUUGAAGAAAUUGUCCUUAACAUUGAUAGGAAAAGCAAAAUUGACAAUAAAACAAGGCGAAUGCUAAAUGAGAAACUGGUGUAUAGUAAGAAAAGGGAGGAUUAUAAUACUGGAGGUAGUGAUAAUAGUAAUGCUGGAGGUAGUGAUAAUAAUAAUGCUAGUAGCAGUGGUAAUAAUAAUAACUGCAAUAACAGUAGCAAUAGUAGUAGCAGCGUCAAUGGGAGGAGCAACUUGUUUGUGUAUGCAGUUGAAUUUUUGAAUAUAAACGUAGCCACCCAAUUUUUUCGCUGCAUCGACAAAGCGAGCUUCCUAAAAUUUGUGAAAGAAAACGACCCCAAUGUAAGGGACGUUAUCGUAUUCUUUCAUGAAUUGUGUUACUUAAAUAAAAACAAUAGAAAAGUUAUUUUAAAAAAUUUAAGUAGAACAUGCCACAUAGAAAAUAUUAAAAAAUUAUUUAGGAAUAUUGAAGAGGACGCUCAAAUAGUUUUACCAAAAAAAAAGAACAAAAAACAAGGUUAUGCAUAUGUCACCUUUUCAUGUUACAAAAACGUCCAAAAGGCUUUACUUUUAAACAAGUCCAAAUUAUGCGGCAAUGUAAUAAGUAUUGAACGAAUUAGGAAUUUGGAGAAUCCGAGCGACGCCGUUUUGGAUGUUGCAAGAGGUGGAGUAGAUGAAAAGGAAGGCGACGAAAUAAAUGAAGAGGAUGGCGACGAAAUAAAUGAAGAGGAUGGCGACAAAGUAGAUGAAGAGGAUGACGACAAAGUAGAUGAAGAGGAUGACGACAAAGUAGAUGAAAUCCGAAGCAUAAAUCGGCGCACAAACGCAAACGAUGUCGAAGAAGGUAAAACUCUUUUUAUUACGAACGUACCUCUCGAAAGCACAGAAGAAGAAAUCAGAAAUUAUGUAGUAAAAAACAUAAACAAAAAUUACGUAUACAUUAAAACAUGUAGAAACAACAGCAAACGGAUUUCCGUUUUUGUAAAAUUAAAACGUAAGGAAGAUGCUGAAAACUUUUUAAAAAAAAUUGGGGAACUUAAUGAGGAAGAAACAGCAGAGAGCCACUGGAAUGAUGAAGAAAAUGUAAUUCAUAAAUUUUAUAGCAUGAAAAAAAAGAAAAAAGAAAAAAUGAAACAAUUAUUACUUAAGGAUAACGGAAACAACAAAAAUUCAGAAAUUUUAUUUUUUAAAAAUAAUUAUUUAAUGAUAAAAAGAGCUGUUCGUAAGGAUUUAAUAGAAGACAAAAAGAAAUUUCACACAGAAGAAAAAAACAAAAAAAAAAAAAAAAUGAGUAAUAACAUUCACUUGUUGUAUGAUAAUAAUGUAAAUAAUGAUUACAUAAGUGAGAGCUUAAUUAAAAGAAAUAAAAAAUUGAUGGAAAAAAAAGAAAAAGUUUUAAAAAAUAAAAAUUUUUUUAUAAACCCUUGCAGAAUAUAUAUUCGUAACUACCCGUCCACAUUGGAACAAAAUUUAUUUCGACAACUUAUAACAAGAUAUUUCACACCUAUAUUUAUGAAAAAAUAUAAUAUAAAAAAAAAGGAUGCUUUUAAAAAAUCGAAUGAAGUGAUUAAAAAAAUGAAAGUAAUUAAAGAGCCCAAACAUAGUGAACAAACAGAUGAUGGAGAAGGUGGUGGGAAAAUUAAAAAUAUACCAAAAAAGAUCAGUUCGAAUAGUAGUAAAAACAACAUAUGUUUUAUCGAUAUUAAUAAACACGAAUAUGCAAAAGAACUGAUUCAUUUACUACAGAAUAAAAAUAUUUAUGAAUUAAUUAAUGAAAUAAUUUACAAAAAAAAGUACCAAACAAUUCGAAGAAAUAAAAAUAUUAUGUAUGUCGAUUAUUGUAUAGAAGACAUACGAAUGUUGCACAUCAAAAAAUUAAAGACAGAAAAAUUUUUAAAACAUAUAAAAGAAAAAAAUGGCACGACUAUACGAACAAAAAAAAUUAUUAAAAAAAAGAAAAAUAAAAUAAGUAGAGGAAAAAGACAAAGGGAAAAAAGAAGAUUAUUAAAAAUGCAAACUGAAAACACAAACAUUGUAAAUGUAAUAAAUAGUGCAUCAUUAAACCAAACAACACAAUUAAAUUUUGCAACUGGAACAAAUAGCAUAAAUAAAUACUCUUCAAAUAAAAUGCAAACAAAGGAAAAAAUUAAUUCGAAACAAAAAUAUAACAACCAAAAUGAACAUGCAAACACUAAAUUAGCUAGUAAAAAAAAAAAAACGGAAAUAAAGGAAAAAAAAAUUGGAAUAAAAAAAACAAACAUAAAAACAACCAAGGAUAUCACAAAAAAAUCCGGCACCAAAAAUGGAAACAAACUUGAACUAAUACAAAAGGACGUUUUAAAUUUUCUCAGAAGGAACAAAGGGUAG